AUGCUCGAGCAGAGGCGCCUCGACACCUCGCUGUACGAAGCUGUUGUAAAACAUAUGCCUGAGGGAACACUACCAGUGGAUGAGGAAAUGCUCGUGGCAGCAGGUCUCACCGGCUUCAAUCAUGUUUACGGAGACGAGUACGUGGAGUUCUCCCGCUUCUGGCACGAGUCGGAGCCCGACAGCACAAUGGCGUUCCCCGGCAUUUUUGGGACGAUCAAGCAGCGAUCAAACGCGAGAUUUCCACCCCUGGUGGAUGCGGACUGAAUGACUGGUUGAUGGUGACAAGUCCGCAGUUUCUUUCGCCUUGUGUGCCUUACCCGUGAUGAAACAGUUUUCGAUUUCUGAUGAUAUAGUUCCGGCGCACUCGAAUGCUGUAGUUCAAGUAGUUCAAGAACCGUGUAUGGUUCGGGUGUUAACUGUAUCCUGUAAGUCUUUUUUAAGUGUGUCAUUUCCGUCUGCCCCGGCGUGGGUGGUGUGAGGCAGGUGCCACCAUAGCGUGCACCCGACAGUACGUUGAAUGCAGUUCGUAUUUAGUGUGGUAUGAAUGCUAAAACACUUUUUUCGAAGCGCACUCCUUGCCAUUUCUCCACCCGAUUUUUUUUGUGCGAAUGGAUUUUUUCCCCCUCUUUCGUGGGCGAGGAAAGCACCCGCUUGGAAGAGGAGUUGAUUGUACGGCGCUUCUGUGGUGAAGCUGCAAGUGUAAACAAUUGUCACUUACUUCUAUUUAAUAUGCUAUUAUUCCUGUAUUUGCCGCGGCUAUCGAAGUUAAAUAGAUCCGAUUUAGUCCAGGUGUAAGAGUGCCGUUUUAAGAGUGGGGGGAGAGGAGACAACAGGGGCCCGCGUUGGCUAGCAUUAUAUGAGGUUCGUUGAUAUCGUGUUUACAAGGGACUGGUAUAUAGUAGUAUUACGAUAUGGAGUUGUGAGUGCGUUGCAGUAGGAACAACUGUUCCCGUAGGUAUGUGUUUUCUUGGUUUUGGGCGAGAAGGGGUGUGCGAUGAGGUGGCUUCAAGGCAAAGCUUAUUAGGUUCACCACAGAGGUAGUUUUUUCGGCAGUGUCAUGAUACAGUAUUUGUUCAAAGAAAGCAGCGGUCCGGACCGCAGUCGCUUGGUUGAUUAUUUUGAGUCUUUUUGUUGAAUGCGCCCUUUUGGAAGAGAGGUCCCACC